AUGCCAUAUGAAAACGGUAGUCCUUACGAUAAAGAAGGAACUUUAAAUAGAAAUGUUGCAAUGACAACAACUUUGGUCAGACAUUUGCUGAAAGAAAGGAUAUAUCAGCUCUUACCUAUAAAUUCCUCAUAUUCUACAUAUAUAGAUGUCGAGGCUGAUGUAUAUUUUUUAUCAUCAAGAUCGGUUCUAUUGAACGUUGCAAUCUCGCAAGAUAUCGAACCAAUAGUUACUAAUGUAUUGGAUUUGAUUGACUUAGUGUUGCAGUUUGGUUUGCCAGAUGACGCUGACGAUGAUGAUGCCACAACGGGAGAUAAGCUGGAGACUAUUACCGAUUCUCAUGUUGGCGAUCAAGCAGUGCAGUCGAUUUGUUUGUUAUUAAGAUUAUUAACAGAUAUAUUAGAGUAUAAUUGGGAUUUCGUUGAAAAAUCAAUGGCAGAUAACAAGGUUGCUUCGCUACCAUCCCCAACAGAAGAUAUUAUUAAAAUAUUUGAAAAGCAACAUAACUCAUUUUCAGGUAUAAUAGCAGGUUUUUCCGUUCAUAGAACGAAUUUUCAUGAACACAAACCCAAAGAAUUGAACCAAGAAGUAGCAACUAGAUUAAUGACAACAUUGACAAGAUUGAAAUUUCAACACGUUUCUUUUAACUUAUUAACUAUAAUCUCAAAAAAUUCUCCUUAUUUUAAGAGUUCAUUGUCAUUUAAUGAUUUAAUACCAAAUUAUGAGUAUUUUAAAACAAAGAUAAAUGCAUACAAUGUAUCAAACGACCUCGACAGCAAUAAUAACAAUAUAAAUCCAGACACAUAUUCGCAUAUAUUUGAAUUGGGUAAUAAAAUUGAUUCAACCAUUACAUACAUUCAGAGAUUUGUAGCAGCUUCAAAUUCAAAAGAGUACAAAAAACAUCUCACCGAAAUUAUUUUAAAUCCAAUUACAAACGAUUACAUUUAUAAACAUAGAGGUUCAACAACAUCAGCAUUGCCAUCAGCGUCAUCAUAUUCAAACGAUAAUAAGAAAAGUUCACCAUCAACUGGAACCAGUGCAAUGCCAGGACCUUCACAUGCUUCCAAAUCAUCAAGAAGUAAUAGCACACAUUCAGCAAGCAGUUUUCAAUCGAUGGGAAUUAGUUUAACCCCAAGGAUUGAAUCAGAUGCGAAUAAAUCAUUACAAUGGAACGAAGUUUUAAAGAAUUUCGAUUUAUUUGGUUGUUUCUUUCUGUCAAAUACUUCUCUACUCGGAUUCUUGGAAAUGUUAAAAAAGCUUUGCAAAACCUUAAAUCGGUCAAUUUUUACCUGUGUUCUAUUAUUUUAUGCAACAAAGACAUUAAUGUAUUGGAUUAUGGCAAGAUCAAGAAGUUUCAUAGAGGUAUCAAAUUCAUUAAUUGAUAUUAACAAUAUAAAGAAAUCACCUAAGUUUUCUGCAUCCACAGAUGUAACAACUUUAACUACAGAGCAACAAACUGCCAUGAAAUUAUUAAACACAUUUAACGAGCUUUUUUACGAUUUGUAUACAACAUUUAAAAUUUCGAGUGUUUUAACAAAUCCACAAUAUUUACCAAAUAUGCACACGGAAUAUACAACAUCGCCACAACCUAAAUCUUCAAAUACUGUACAUAUGAAAUCCCACGUUCCACCAAGUAAUAAAGCAUCGCCUAUCAAUACUGAUUUGAGAUUCUCAUAUAAUUCGGAAUCUGAUCCCAAACUGGAUUACCAUAUGAGUUCUCCGCCUCCAACACCACUUAGAGAGAAAAAUAUGUCACCAGUAUAUGGUAACAUAAGUUAUACUAAUAGCAUUGAGCAAAGUUUCAAUGGAGAUGCAUUAAAUUCGGACGAUAUUCUAAUGCCAAAUCCAGUUUCACUUGCUUAUCCGCAUAAUAAAUACGUACUCUCCGCGAUGAAGUCGUUUGAAUUGUCUCAGCAAAUUUCUAAUUCAGAGGAUUCUUCAGACAACAACAUUGAUAACAUGGAAAACUCAGAAAAUAUAACCAAAGAUUCAUUUUUGUUACCGCCUACUUCAAUUUCCAAUCGUGUAACACCAAUAGGCCGUGAACUGAACAAAUCUACAACUAGUUCUAGCAGUUCCAAUAAUACUAUAGAAUAUAAUGAAAAAGAUGUUUCUCAUUUAAAGAAUGUUUUGGAUCUAUAUUCAGCUUUUGAUGAAUCUGAAUCACUAGUCCAUACAUCGAUAUUAAAAUUUUUAGCUACCAUUUCAAUGUUAGAUCCCGAAUUAUUUCAGAAGAUUAAUGAAUCAUCAUUUAACGGUAUCCCAGAUAUCGAUGAAAACAACAAAAUUGUGAAGAAUAAUCAAAAGGCAUAUUCCAGUGAGAAUGCAAUAACCAUCAAAAACUUAUCUCAUGGUUUGAAGAAGCUGACGAAUUUGAAGGUCCAUAAAACAACUAAAACCUCUAAAGCAUUAGAGUUACUUGAAAUUUCUUUAAAUAUUUACAACGGUACACAGACUACUUCAGAUAAUGCUAUGAUCAUAUCAUUAAGAAUUUUAUUAACAAUUUAUACAUUGUCAGCAUCGGUUUCUUUAUCAAACAAAAAAUUAGCCUGUGUAAAUUUUUCUAGAAGACUGAUGCCAACCUUUUACUCAAGUUUGAAAGUGGAUUCAAAAGCAAAGUUACUUGAAAAUGAAAAUAAACAAAUUUCAAAGAUCUUAAAGAUGAGACAUAAGUUAAAUAGUCAAUUCCAGUUAGAAUUUAUUGCUGCAUCUCUGCAAUUAAGCACGGAUGAUUUCUUGGAUUAUUUAGGUCUAGAUGAAUUAUGUGAGAAAUUAGAUACAAGAAAGUUGGUAUUAUACACAGAAGGUUUAAGAGUUUUUUUCCAUUUACCAUGUUGUGAAAACUUAAGGAAAAGAGCAGCAAUCAAAUUAGCAAAAGUGUUUAAGAAGAUAUUUUACAACAUAUCAGAAAUUCUUCUGAAAGAGUUACCGAUUAUAAAUGACGAUAAUGUAUCAAAGAGUAUCGAAUCAAUCAUUGAUGGCACCAUUGUAAAUGAAUUUGGACCCAAAUCAUUAUUUAAACCAGUUUCUCCGAGUACUGGUGUGGUUACAAAUCAAUCAGAUACGGGAUCAACUCCAAUCUCUCUUAAUAAUCAUUUAGAACAGAAUCAAGGUAAUUGGGUUACACACCCAAUCAUAGCAUCGCUUGCUUCACCAUCUUUCUUUUCACCUUCCGGCAGUGCUGAAAUUAUUUCGAGAGAUAUACCGAGCGUGAAUAAUGAAUUAUCUUUAAUUUCUCCUACUGCACAAAGGGCUCCUCAUAAUUUUCUAAUCAAUAAGAAACAUCCAUUAAUAUCUAACUCGGCAAGAACUAAUGGAUCACCUAUAAGCACCCCAGGAACCUCAAAAUCAUCUGCCAAUCCAUUACUGUGUGAUAAUUCACGUCAAACUCCUGGAUCUAAAUUGACAGAUGAUGAUUUAUCGAGUUUAUUAAAAAAAAAGAUUACCUCUAAUCUUGAAUCAAGUAAUGACAUACUUCUAAUAGGGCAUAGCACAGAAAUCAACAAUGCCAGAAGAAUCAUUAUUAAUAUUUUUAGUAUCUUUAGAAAGACGGCUAAUUUCAUAAUUUUACCACAGAAUGAAGAUAUAGAGCGUGGCAAUGUUGAAACCGACUUUAAACAGAUUGUAAAACCUAUUUUCGUGUCAAUUAUAGAUAUUGAUCCAGUUUUAGAGACAACGGCUUGUUCAUUUAUGAAUAUGUUGAUUACUUAUAUGUCUCAUUUACCCAAUAACAUUUCAUCGAAUGCGCUCGUUGACUACAAUUUAUUUUGUAGUUACUCAAUAACUUUAUUUUCAACAGCACUAUUUGAUUUAAAUUUGCCAAACAGAAAGAGGGAAGUAUUCUUGGAUAUUGUCAACAAAUUAAUGGAGUUAAAGAAUUCGGUGUUGAAAUUAGCUGGAAAAGCUGGUCGCUUAGAAAGGAUCAUACCGGUGGAAAAAAAUACUUUUGUGUCAUUGACCAGUACAUUAAACAGAGGUUUGUUUGUAUCUCUUCAUACAAAUAAAUCGAAUAUUCAGUCACUGCUAACAAAAACAUUUUCACAUUUCACAGACAGUAUAAACUUUUAUAAAAGCUCAAUCGGAGAGAUAACUGAAAAUGAAUUUGGAAAUAUAGAUUUCAUUCGAGCAAUGUCAAAGGGUACUUAUGUUUUAUCCGGGUCUGUUGCAUUUCAACGUAAAUGUAGAACCAAUAUUUUGAAAUAUAUUACUAAGCCUGAUAUGGUUUUGUACGAUUGUUUCCACACCAUUUUCAACAGAUGGUUGCAUAUUUCAAAAGCUGUCACACUGUCUAGAUCGGACAUUGCCGACUUCAGAAGUUGUGCUGGUUUAUUAGCAACAGCUUCUGGUACUCUUCUGACUAUGGUCGAAGACGAUCAGUAUAAUUCUUCUAUAUCAGUCGAGAUCAAAACAGAUAUAUCUAGAAAAGUCAACUAUUUUAUAGGAAAACAAUGUCAAUGGUUAAAUAAUGAGCAUUUGUUGACAAGAGAAAAUUCAAGAGACAUUUUAUCAUCGGAAUUACAUCCAUUGUCAUUCAAACUUUUAUUUCAUAAUCUGAAGAAAAAAAUGGUUGAAAUAAAGGAUGUAGAUUUAUCUAAUGAUAAAGCAGAUUAUUAUUUCAUAAUUUUGGAACAAAUUAGUAUUAUCAUCAGAACAAUUUUACACCAACCAUAUAGCAAAGAUCUACUAUUCUUGUUUUCUAUGGAAAUCAUAAACUUUAUUGAUGAUUUAGUUAUUCUGGUCGAAAAAAUUUCACACAAAUCUUUAAGAUAUAGGAAGGGAAUCAUUUACUUGUCAAAAAUGUUUAAAGCCAUUGAAGAUGCGGAGGAAUGUUUGGCAAUAAAGGGGCAUUAUGCUUUAAAAAAUAGGUGGUUAAAGGUUCUAAUUUUUUGGUUUCAAUAUUCAAUCUCGAAAGAGCUGGAUUUUGAUAAUUUGUCAAAACCUCAUCGUGAUAUGAACUUACCUAAACGUGAUGAAGAUAUGUUAUAUUUAGAUACAUCUAUUGAGUCUUCAAAGGCAAUUGCAUAUUUAACAAAUGGUAUUCUUCUAGAAGCUGCAUAUUCUGCUUCGAAGGAAGAGUAUAGACGUUCAAUUGGUUUCGAGUUUAGAAAUUAUUUUGGUAUUUUGUUAAAAGGUAUUGAAAAAACAAUUGAUAUUAAAAAUUGUCCAAUUUCCCUGAAACAUAAAAUCAACACUUUAAAUGAAAAUUUAAGUAUAUCCUUGCAAAACUUAUCAAAGGCAAAUAUUGAACCAGCUCUACAAUAUACCUUGCAUAUGGGUUAUUCUGAAAAUAUAGAUAUUAGGAAAUCGUUCUUAAAUGUAUUCAUUAAUGUUGUAAAGAAUUAUCCUUCGCACGUUUCAUCCCAACAAAAAGAAAAAAAUGAGGCUACUGAAAGUAUAUUAACAUUUUUAAUUGAAAAUGUUCAAAUUGUGUCUUAUUCUAUCGAUUUAUGUGAGCCUUCUGAGAUGGACGGAUUUGCCGUGAGUAUGUUAACUACUUUUGAAUCUAGAAACGCAGGACACAUAAUAGUAUCUCAACUUAUUAAGGAAGAAAUUCAAAAAGCACCAAGAUCAAUGGAUAUACUGAGAAGAAAUAGUAUAGCAACAAGGUCUUUAUCCAUAUUUUCAAAAGCAAAAGGACGCGAAUUUCUAAUUGCACUAAUUUCUCCUAUACUUGAUGAAUUGAUUGAAAGUAAGGAUUGUUUUGAAAUAGAGAAAUUAUCAAUAGAUGACAAAAAUACUAAAACACAAAUAUUGAUAUUCAAAAAGUACUUGGUGAAAUUUUUAAACUCAAUGAAGUCUUCGAUGAAUAUCUUUCCACCCGAGUUAUUGUAUAUUUGCCAAAUGAUAUAUGAAGAGGUUUCUAAAAGGUUCCCUGAAUCUGCUUUAGUUGCGGUGGGUUCCUUUGUCUUUUUGAGAUUUAUUUGUCCUGCAUUAGUGAGUCCAGAAACAGAGGACAUAUCAAGUCAUAUGGAUGCUCCGGUUAAACGUUCUCUAGUUCAAUUAGCAAAAAUUAUUCAAAAUCUGGCGAACAGCUUAGAUUCAACAUCUAAAUUCACAAUUUUACAAUCUGAACAAGACUUUUUGAUCAAAUGCAACAAAGAAAUAUUCAGUAACCUAAAAGAAUUAUCUAAUUUAGACAGAAACAUUGAUAUUAAAUGGUAUAGGGAAUCACAGAAUAACGAUGUGAAACUAAAUUUUGAUUUUUUCCAUAGAUUUUACUAUGAUCAUUGUUUACAACUACGAGGACUUCUCCUUUCAAAUUUACACUCACUUGACGAUAUAAAACUCUUAAAGCAUAGCCUUUUCCUAAGUGACAGAGUAUUAGGAGUACUUGGACAACCAAAUUGGCAGGCUACUAUAGAAAUUCCUAAAUUUAUUAAAGAUAACAUGGAAAAAUAUAGCCAGUUGUAUGAAUUUGUCAGUAGAACCGCCAUAAAAGCGUCUACGGAUAACACUAAUUUAAACAGUAAAUACGUUUAUGAACUCAUGUCAACAGAUGGCAAUCCUGUUUUAGCAUUAGAUUUUAAAAAAUAUAAGCAGGAAGGUGCUUCUGCUGAUUUAUUAGCCUAUCGGACUAUCCAAGUAUACUCAAGAUUCUGGACAAGUAAACAUUAUAUUUUAUUAAAUCUUUCUGAGUAUGAUCACACUGAUGAAAUUACCUAUAGUGUUAUAUUUUUGUUGUUAAAACUAAUUCCAGAAGAAGCAUAUCAAACUUGUUUUGGUGUUUAUAAUCUAAAUGCGACAAAAUCAUUUAUACAAUUUUGGAAUAAUAAUGAAAUAAUAGAGAAUAGGUACGUGACAUUCAAGUGUCCUUAUCAUUUUGUAAAUACUAUCAAUGAUGAACAAUUGAUUAGUGAUUUGGGUUUUAGACAACAGAUCCUCUAUUUAAUUGAUGAUAUGCGUGUUUUACUCAAUGAUAUCGAAUUAUAUGAUGUUGAUAGUAAAUCUAUGAUACCUGUGACCAUGAGUUUGGGUAAUAGGUAUUUCCAAAUAUUAAGGGAAGAAGAAAUGGACUUCAAGCCAAGUGGGGAUGCUACAAUUAUGAGAGUAAAGACAAAUCAAGUUUUUGAAAUAUCAGAUGUACGGAACGUAUCAGUUUCUUACUCUCAGGCUAGUUUAAAUGAAUUUACUAUCAAUCUUAUCAAUGAAGAAAUUCUAACACUAACUAGUCCGAAAUACUUGGAAAUUAUUAAAAUGUUUUCAUUUUCAAUUGCAAAAAGUGAAGAUGAUGUAGUUAUUGAAAAUUUAUCGACAUCUUCAAGAAAGGAGAAUGGUCUCACUUCGUUUGAAUUUAAUUUAGAAACUAUAUCUCAUAUUUUUGUGGUUGCCAUUGUCGGUCUAUUUAGCGAAGACAAUGAGGUUAAAAAUAAUGCAUAUAACUUAUUAGCUGAAACACAAAUUGCAUUUAAAUUAGAUUUUGGUGUCAACUUAAGAUUUUCAAGGGAGCUUUACGUUCCAGAUGAUUGUAGUAUGUUUGUUAAACAAAUAACACAAGCUUUGUCUGUUUCUUCUCCCGAAUUGACAGGUUACACUGUCAAGAUGGUGGUGGAUGCGUUGGAAAAUGAAGUUUUUAAACCGGAUAGAGUUCCUCAACUUUUAAGUUGUUUAAACUAUUGGAUACCUAAUCUCUACGAAUAUGUUUAUUUAGCGGACGAGGAAAAUGGACCAGAAGCAUUUUCUUAUUUAAUUAAAGUUUUAAUAAGGCUAACAUUGGCUGAUUCAGGUUUUACGUCAAUUUACUUACAACAAAUCUGGAAUGUUUUGUCUUUGGAAAAUCCCUUGACAAGCAUUAUAGUUGAGGAAGUCAUAAAUUAUGCUUUAGAUCGUGAUUCUGAAAAUGGAGAUUGGGCAUGUGCACUUCCAUUGAUAGCGAGCAUGUCAACGGUUGAUAUUACAGCAUAUAUAGUGAGAAAGCUGAUGGAUUUAUUAGAGUCAUUUUUGCCUUCAUUUCAUUUGGAUGUGUCUACUCACAGUUGGAGUGAACUUACUAUCCUGGUACGAAUUGCGAUACCGUUAUUUUUUGAAUCUCCUUUACUGGCUCAGAUGUUCCUCCCCGAUAUAUUAUUCAUUAUAUCACUAUUAAUUGAUCAAGGUCCAAAAUCAAUAAGAGGUUACUUCCAUGAACUAUUGAUGAAUGUUUGCCAUUCUUUAGCAAUAAAUGAAUCCUUAUCGGAGUCAAACAGAAGAGCCCUAGAUAAUAUAUGUUCUGUUUUUUCACAACAGAAAGGCAAAUUUACUCUUGGAUUCCGUCACGAGAUUAGUAUUUUACCUCAAAAUCUAAGCAAUUUGUCAUUUGCCAAUAAAUUUAAUAUUCUAGAGCAUUUCAUAACGAAUAUUCUUCUGACCAUGGAAAAUGCGGAUGAAGCGGAAGCUGCAUAUUGGAAAACCAAAUAUAAGAAAUAUUUGAUGGAUUCUAUUUUCAAUAACAGAUCAUAUCUAUCAGCACGUUCGAUGAUGAUUUUAGGUAUUAUAGGGAAAUACGAUACUUCUGAAAUGUUAUGUAAAAAUAUGUUAACAGAAACACUAGAAGCUAUUUCUUCAACUGAUUUCAACGAGGAGAAUAUGUUUUUAGUUACAGCACAUAUUUUUACGUAUACGAAAGUUGUUCAAGGUUUAGAUCCAUCACUGGAUAUAAUGAACAGAAUAUUUUGGUAUGGUACCACUUUGGUUGAAUCCCAAUAUCCAAUACUGUUUGAGGGAGGGUUAUUUUUGAUUGGGAAUUGUUUGAAAAGAUUAUACAUGUAUAUUUUUGAAUCUGGAAACAGUUCAGUGCCAUUGAAAAGAAUUUUACUUGAAAGUAGGAAUUUUGCAGUUGAUCUAUUUUCAGAAUUUGACAGGGCAUGUGAUAUUACUUGGACUGAAGAUAGUUUCCCACUGGUGCUAAUAUCUAUUUUACUGAGAGGUCUUUCGGUGCCUUUUAUGAAGCCUAAAGUUAUUGAGAGUUUAGAACAGUUCUUGAGGAAUGCGUAUUUUGAGAGCAGAACUAAACCUGAAGUAACUGAUUAUUUGCCGUAUAUGUUUUUGAUGUAUCUUUUAUCUCCAGGUGAACAAUUUGCUACUAUUUUAGACACCAUUGAAUUUGAAGAUGAAAUAAUUUGUAUUGACGAGAACUUAAAAAUCCCAAAAAAACUACUUGAUUGGUUAGCUUCGGAUAGCAUAUAUUCUAAUAUUUCUUUAUAUCAAGCUGCUGCAUUGUUUAAUAGUAAUGUGUCAGAUGAAUCGACAAAAUACAGGUUUACCAUUAUCACUAAACAUUUAUUAAAUAUUAAUCCCUAUUGUGUUUUUAAGUAUUAUACACUAACUCGUUCUGAACUAAGAAAGGUCUCUAUAUGGGAAAAUGAUGUUAAUGUGGUGAAGGUUUCUUUUGAAAUUAUUACAGAAUUGGUUCAAUUUGAUGAAUUUGAUGACUUGAACAAGUAUUUUUUGAAUUCCCAAGAAAGUAUCAAAAGGCACGGACUUUCAGCUGUAGCAGAUGUUCGUCCUUUGACCGUUAAUAACACUGGCGGUAAUCCAACGGCAGCUGAACAAGAAGGAUAUCAUUAUACAUUCAUGCGAAGACGUAAAUUCAUGGCUAGGUUGCUGACUCGUCUAAUUUAUGCAAACUAA